AUGCACGCAACCAGGGACCUUGGGACAGCCUCCCGCGCGCGCCGGACAGCCAGCCGCGCCGCUUUUCAGCCGAUGCCUCCGCCGUCGGCCGGGCUGGUAGUGCUGCUGCUUCUGCUGUCACUGGUAAGCCGCGUUUCGGCACAGUCCGAUGCCGCCGGCCGGGCAUUGCUGUCCCCGGAUCUCGCGGGGGUUGCAGGUGUCCUGGCCGAGGACGCUAUAGUGAUAGCGAACCGUGGGCUCCGGGUGCCCUUUGGUCGUGAGGUCUGGCUGGAUCCGCUGCACGACCUGGUGCUGCAGGUGCAGCCGGGAGACCGCUGCGUGGUGACUGUGCUAGACAACGACGCGCUGGCCCAGCGACCCGGCCGCCUGAGUCCCAAGCGCUUCCCGUGCGACUUUGGCCCUGGAGAGGUGAGCUACUCGCACCUGGGCGCGCGCAGCCCGUCGCGGGAUCGCGUCCCGCUGCAGCUGCGCUACGACACGCAGGGAGGGGCGGCAGUGCUACCCUUGGUGCUGGAGGUGGAGGUAGUCUUCACUCAGCUGGAAGUUGUGACUCGGAACUUGCCCCUGGUUGUGGAGGAGCUGCUGGGAACCAGCAAUGCCCUGGAUGCGCGGAGCCUGGAGUUCGCCUACCAGCCCGAGACCGAGGAGUGUCGCGUAGGCGUCCUGUCAGGCUUGGGUGCUCUGCCGCGCUAUGGGGAACUCCUCCACUACCCGCAGGUCCCAGGCCCAGCCAGCGAGGGGGGCGCCCAGGAGCCUCUCCUGAUGGACUGCAAAGCUUUCCAGGAGCUAGGCGUGCGCUACCGCCACACAGCCCCCGGUCGCUCACCAAACAGGGACUGGGUGCCUAUGGUGGUGGAGCUGCGUUCCCGAGGGUCUCCUGUGGGCAGCCCUGCUUUGAAACACGAGCACUUCCAGGUGCUGGUGAGAAUCCGAGGAGGGGUCGAGAACACCGCACCCAAGCCCAGUUUUGUGGCCAUGAUGAUGAUGGAGGUGGACCAGUUUGUAUUGACCGCCUUGACCCCAGACAUGUUGGCAGCGGAGGAUGCUGAGUCUACCCCUGACUUGUUGAUCUUCAACCUCACCUCUCCGUUCCAGCCUGGCCAGGGCUACCUAGUGAGCACUGAUGAUCGCAGUCUGCCCCUCUCCUCCUUUACUCAGAGAGAUCUGCGCCUGCUGAAGAUUGCCUACCAGCCACCCUCUGAGGACUCUGACGAGGAGCGUCUCUUUGAAUUGGAGCUGGAGGUAGUGGACCCGGAAGGAGCAGCCUCAGAUCCUUUUGCCUUUAUGGUGGUAGUGAAGCCCAUGAACACCCUGGCUCCCGUGGUCACCCGGAACACUGGUCUCAUUCUCUAUGAGGGCCAGUCUCGGCCCCUCACAGGCCCUGCAGGCAGUGGACCACAAAACUUGAUCAUCAGCGAUGAGGAUGACCUAGAGGCAGUGCAGCUGGAAGUGGUGGCUGGGCUCCGGCAUGGUCACCUUGUCCUUCUGGGUGGCUCCAUUGGCAAAUCUGCCCCUAAGACCUUCACGGUAGCUGAACUAGCAGCCGGCCAAGUGAUCUACCAUCAUGAUGACAAAGAUGGCUCACUGAGUGACAACCUGGUGCUCCGAAUGGUGGACGGAGGACACAGGCACCAGGUGCAGUUCCUGUUCCCUAUCACCUUAGUGCCUGUGGAUGACCAGCCACCCGUCCUCAAUGCCAACACAGGGCUGAUGCUGGCAGAGGGUGAAACAGUGCCCAUCCUACCCUUUGCUCUAAGUGCAACUGACAUGGACUCAGAUGACUCUCUGUUGCUGUUUGUGCUGGAGUCUCCCUCAACGACAGGGCAUCUGCUUCUCCGCCAAGCGCAUCCUCCCCAUGACGUGGAGGAGCUUAUCCGGAGCCCUUGGAGGAAACAGGGAGCAUUCUAUGAGAAAAUGGUGACAGAAUGGCGGCAGGAGGACAUAAUGGAGGGGAGGCUGUUCUAUAAGCACUCUGGGCCCCACAGUCCCAGGCCAGUGAUGGAUCAGUUCACAUUUCGAGUCCAGGAUAACCAUGACCCCCCUAAUCAGUCGGGGCUGCAGAGGUUUGUGAUCCGCAUCCAUCCCGUGGAUCGCCUCCCUCCAGAGUUGGGCAGUGGCUGUCCCCUUCGGAUGGUGGUGCAGGAAUCCCAGCUCACACCGCUGAGGAAGAAGUGGCUGCGCUACACUGACCUGGACACAGAUGACCGAGAACUACGUUACACCGUGACUCAGCCUCCAAUGGACACAGAUGAAAACCACUCACCAACCCCAUUGGGCACCUUGGUCCUGACUGACAACCCUUCCGUCGUCGUGGCCCAUUUUACCCAAGCCCAGAUCAACCACCAUAAAAUUGCUUACAGACCCCCAGAUCAAGAACUGGGAGUGGCUGCCCGAGUGGCCCAGUUCCAAUUCCAGGUGGAGGACCGAGCUGGGAAUGUAGCUCCAGGCACCUUCACCCUUUACUUGCAGCCAGAAGACAACCAGCCACCUGAGAUCCUCAACACUGGCUUCACUAUUCAGGAGAAGGGACACCACAUCCUGAGUGAGUCUGAGUUACGUGUGAGUGAUGUAGACACUGAUGUAGCCCACAUCUCAUUUACUCUAACACAGGCACCCAAACAUGGUCACAUGAGGGUGUCUGGACAGAUCCUGCGUGUAGGUGGGAUUUUCCACUUGGAGGACAUUAAACAGGGUCGGAUUUCCUAUGAACAUAACGGGGAUGAGUCCUUGACUGACAGCUGCUCCUUGGAGGUCAGCGACAGACACCAUGUGGUGCCCAUCACUCUCAGAGUGACUGUUCGGCCAGUGGAUGACGAGGUGCCCAGGCUGAGCCUUCCUACAGGCACUCUGGGGUCCUAUCUAGACGUUUUAGAAAAUGGGGCUACAGAAAUCACUGCCAAUGUCAUCAAGGGGACUGAUGAGGACACUGAUGAUUUGAUGUUGACUUUCCUCUUGGAAGAUCCACCCUUAUAUGGAGAAAUCCUAGUCAAUGGAGUUCCAGCAGAGCAGUUUACCCAAAGGGACAUCCUGGAGGGCUCUGUGGUUUAUGCCCACACCAGUGGUGAGAUAGGCCUGUUGCCCAAAGAGGACUCUUUUAACCUGAGUCUGUCAGAUAUGUCUCAAGAAUGGAGAAUAGGUGGCAAUUCUAUUAAAGGAGUUACUGUGUGGGUGACCAUCCUUCCUGUUGACAGCCAGGCCCCAGAAGUUUCUGUAGGUGAACAGUUUGUAGUGAUGGAAGGUGAUAAAAGUGUCAUAACCUCAAUGCAUAUAAGUGCUGAAGAUAUUGAUUCCCUAAAUGAUGACAUCUUGUGCACUAUAGUUAUUCAGCCUACCUCAGGUUAUGUUGAAAACAUUUCUCCAGCACCAGGCUCUGAAAAAUCAAGAGCAGGAAUUGCCAUAAGUGCCUUCACCCUGAAAGAUCUCAGACAGGGUCAUAUUAACUAUGUCCAGAGUGUCCAUAAAGGGGUGGAACCUGUGGAAGACAGAUUUAUAUUUCGUUGUUCUGAUGGCAUUAACUUUUCAGAGAGACAUUUUUUCCCCAUCGUAAUCGUUCCCACCAAUGAUGAACAGCCAGAAAUAUUUAUGAGAGAAUUUAUGGUGAUGGAAGGCAUGAGUCUGGUGAUCGAUACACCCAUUCUCAAUGCUGCUGAUGCUGACGUUCCCCCGGAUGAUCUAACUUUCACUCUUACCCAGUUUCCUACUCAUGGUCAUGUCAUGAAUCAGCUGAUCAAUGGCACAGUUUUUGUUGAAAGCUUCACUUUGGACCAGAUCAUAGAGAGUUCCAGCAUUAUUUAUGAGCAUGAUGAUUCUGAGACUCAGGAAGAUAAUUUUGUGAUUAAACUCACAGAUGGUAAGCACUCUGUGGAAAAGAUGGUGCUCAUUAUGGUUAUCCCUGUCGAUGAUGAGACCCCCAGAAUGGCCAUUAAUAAUGGACUAGAAAUAGAAAUUGGGGAAACCAAAAUUAUACACAACAAAAUAUUAAUGGCAACUGACUUAGAUUCUGAAGACAAAUCUUUGGUUUAUAUUGUUCGUUAUGGGCCAGGACAUGGCUUAUUACAGAGAAAAAAACCUACAGGUGCCUUUGAAAAUAUCACACUGGGCAUGAAUUUUACCCAGGAUGAAGUAGACAGAAACUUAAUUCAGUAUGUCCAUUUUGGGCAAGAGGGCAUUCGAGAUCUAAUUAAAUUUGAUGUGACUGAUGGAGUAAAUGCCCUCAUAGAUCGAUACUUUUAUGUAUCUAUUGGCAGCAUUGACAUUGUCUUCCCUGAUGUGAUAAGUAAGGGAGUGUCCCUGAAAGAAGGUGGUAAAGUCAUCCUCACAACAGACCUACUAAGCACCAGUGACUUGAACAGUCCUGAUGAAAACUUAGUUUUUACCAUCACCAGGGCUCCCAUGAGAGGUCUCUUAGAAUGCACAGAUCAACCUGGAGUGUCCAUCACAUCUUUCACUCAGCUCCAACUGGCUGGUAACAAAAUCUACUACAUCCACACCGCUGAUGAUGAGGUAAAGAUGGACAGUUUUGAGUUUCAAGUCACUGAUGGACAUAACCCUGUGUUCCGGACAUUCCGUAUCUCCAUUAGUGAUGUGGACAAAAAGCCAGUCGUCACCAUCCAUAACCUGGUUGUCAGCGAAGGUGAAAACAAGCUGAUCACUCCGUUUGAACUCACUGUUGAAGACAGAGAUACUCCUGACAAACUCCUAAAAUUCACUGUCACGCAGAUGCCUGUUCAUGGCCAACUCCUAUUUAACAAUACCAGACCUGCCAUGGUUUUUACCAAGCAAGACUUGAAUGAAAACUUAAUUAGCUACAGGCAUGAUGGCACGGAGUCAAGUGAAGACAGCUUCUCCUUCACGGUGACUGAUGGUUCCCAUACAGAGUUCUAUGUUUUUCCUGAUACAGUAUUUGAAACAAGAAGACCCCAAGUGAUGAAGAUCCAGGUCUUAGCUGUUGACAAUAGUGUCCCCCAAAUUGCAGUGAACAAAGGGGCUUCUACACUUCGCACUCUGUCUACUGGCCACUUAGGAUUCAUGAUCACAAGCAAAAUAUUGAAAGUGGAAGACAGAGAUAGCUUACAUUUUUCUCUUAGGUUUAUUGUUACAGAGGCCCCUCGACAUGGAUAUCUCCUCAACCUGGGCAAAGGCAACCACAGUGUCACUCAGUUUACACAAGCUGACAUUGAUGACAUGAAAAUAUGCUAUGUUUUAAGAGAAGGGGCAAAUGCCACAAGCGAUAUGUUCCAUUUUACAGUUGAAGAUGGUGGUGGAAACAAGUUACCCAACCAGCAUUUUCGUCUGAAUUGGGCGUGGAUCUCCUUUGAAAAGGAAUAUUACCUGAUCAACGAGGACUCCAAAUUUCUAGACGUCGUUCUUAAACGUAGAGGUUACUUGGGAGAGACUUCAUUUAUAAGUAUUGGCACGAGAGAUGGGACUGCAGAAAAAGACAAAGACUUCAAGGGCAAAGCACAGAAACAAGUGCAGUUCAACCCAGGCCAGACCAGGGCCACGUGGAGAGUACGCAUCCUGAGUGAUGGGGAGCAUGAGCAGUCCGAGACCUUCCAGGUGGUUCUCUCAGAGCCCGUGCUGGCUGCCCUGGAAUUCCCCACAGUGACUACGGUGGAGAUUGUUGACCCAGGAGAUGAAUCAACUGUAUUUAUUCCCCAGUCUGAAUACUCCAUUGAAGAAGACGUCGGUGAACUGUUCAUUCCCAUCAGAAGAAGUGGAGACGUGAGCCAAGAGUUGAUGGUGAUCUGUUACACACAACAAGGAACGGCAAGCGGAACUGUGCCGACAUCAGUGCUGUCCUAUUCCGAUUACAUAUCCAGGCCCGAGGACCACACCAGUGUUGUCCGCUUUGACAAAGAUGAGCGUGAGAAAAUGUGUCGGAUCGUUAUUAUUGAUGACUCCUUGUAUGAAGAGGAAGAAACAUUCCACGUCCUUCUGAGCAUGCCCAUGGGUGGGAGAAUUGGGUCAGAGUUCCCAACGGCUCAGGUUACAAUCGUCCCUGACAAGGAUGAUGAACCCAUCUUCUACUUCGGUGAUUUUGAGUACUCUGUGGAUGAGAGUGCCGGCUAUGUGGAAGUGCGGGUGUGGAGGACAGGCACUGACCUGUCCAGGGCUUCUAGUGUCACCUUGAGAUCUCAGAAAAUGGACCCUCCCUCUGCCAAUGCUGGAACAGACUAUGUGGGAAUUAGUCGUAAUUUAGAUUUUGCACCUGGAGUCAACAUGCAGACUGUUCGUGUUAUUAUUCUGGAUGAUCUUGGCCAACCACUGCUGGAGGGAAUUGAGAAAUUUGAACUGGUGCUUCGUAUGCCUAUGAAUGCUGCCCUCGGCAAACCCAGCAAAGCCACAGUGUCCAUAAAUGACUCUAUCUCAGAUUUGCCUAAGAUGCAAUUCAAAGAACGAGUAUACACUGGCAAUGAAAAUGACAGGCAGAUAGUUGCAAUGAUCCACAGGAGUGGAGAUCUGCAGUACAGGUCCUCAGUGAGAUGCUACACACGGCAGGGGUCUGCACAAGUGAUGAUGGACUUUGAGGAACGCCCAAACACUGAUAUCUCCAUCAUCACAUUUCUCCCAGGAGAAACUGAAAAGCCUUGUACCCUUGAGCUGAUGGAUGACACACUCUAUGAGGAAGUAGAGGAGCUCCGCCUGGUUCUUGGCACCCCACAAAGCAACUCUCCCUUUGGGGCUGCAGUUGGUGAACAAAAUGAAACUCUGAUAAGGAUCCGAGAUGAUGCUGAUAAGACAAUUAUUAAAUUUGGAGAAACCAAAUUUAGCGUCAGUGAACCUAAAGAACCAGGAGAGUUGGUGGUUAUAAAGAUUCCAGUGAUUCGCCAAGGAGACACUUCCAAGGUUUCCAUCGUCAGAGUCCACACAAAGGACGGCUCAGCCACCUCUGGAGAAGACUACCACCCUGUGUCGGAAGAAAUCGAGUUUAAGGAGGGAGAAACCCAGCACAUUGUUGAAAUUGAAGUAGUCUUCGAUGGGGUUAGAGAGAUGAGAGAGGCCUUCACUGUUCACCUGAAACCUGAUGAAAAUAUGAUAGCAGAGACACAGGUGACCAAAGCCAUUGUGUAUAUAGAAGAAAUGAACAGCAUGGCAGAUGUCACUUUUCCUUCUGUCCCUCAAAUUGUGUCCUUACUGAUGUAUGAUGACACUUCCAGAGCUAAAGAGAGUGCUGAACCUGUGUCUGGCUAUCCUGUCAUCUGUAUCACAGCUUGUAACCCUAAAUAUUCAGACUAUGACAAAACAGGCUCUAUUUGUGCGAGUGAGAACAUCAAUGACACCUUAACCCGGUACCGAUGGCUGACUAGUGCACCCACGGGCGCUGACGGUGUGACCAGCCCCAUGAGAGAAGUGGACUUUGACACCUAUUUUACGUCAUCCAAGAUGAUCACUUUAGACUCCAUAUACUUUCAGCCUGGCUCCAGAGUGCAGUGUGCAGCUCGUGCAGUCAAUGGCAACGGCAACCAAGGCCUGGAGCUAAUGAGCCCUAUCGUGACCAUCGGCAGAGAAGAAGGUCUUUGUCAGCCCCGGGUGCCAGGGAUAGUGGGAGCAGAGCCAUUCUCAGCAAAGCUGCGCUACAUGGGCCCCGAGGACCCAGAGUACACAAACCUUAUCAAGCUCACGGUCAUGAUGCCACACACAGACGGCAUGCUCCCCGUGAUCUCCACUAAAGAGCUUUCCAACUUUGAGCUCACCCUCAGCCCCGAUGGCACAAGGAUUGGAAACCACAAGUGCUCGAAUCUCCUGGAUUAUAGUGAAGUAAAGACCCAUCAUGGUUUUUUGACUGAUGCUACAAAGAAUCCAGAAAUAGUUGGAGAGACAUAUCCUUACCAGUACAGCUCAUCUAUCAGAGGUUCCAGUACCUUACGAUUCUACCGAAACCUGAACUUAGAGGCCUGUUUAUGGGAGUUUGUUAGCUACUAUGACAUGUCAGAACUUCUCACGGACUGUGGAGGCACCGUUGGAACAGAUGGACAGGUCCUAAACCUAGUGCAGUCCUAUGUGACUCUUCGAGUCCCUCUGUAUGUUUCCUACGUGUUCCAUUCCCCUGUUGGAGUAGGAGGCUGGCAGCAUUUUGACUUGAAGUCCGAGCUUCGUCUAACUUUUGUGUAUGACACUGCCAUCUUGUGGAAUGAUGGAAUUGGCAGCCCACCAGAAGCUGAACUCCAAGGUUCUCUAUAUCCAACCAGCAUGCGCAUCAGUGAGGAGGGACGCUUGGUUGUGAACUUUAAGACAGAGGCUCAGUUCCAUGGUUUGUUCGUGCUGUCACAUUCCGCGUCAUUCACAAGCUCAGUGAUUAUGUCAGCUGAUCAUCCAGGCCUGACAUUUUCCCUGCGCCUAAUAAGGAGUGAACCAACCUAUAACCAGCCAGUCCAGCAAUGGAGCUUUGUGUCUGACUUUGCAGUACGUGACUACUCAGGGACCUACACUGUAAAACUGCUGCCAUGCACCACUCCAUCACAUCAGGAGUACCGCCUGCCAGUCACUUGCAACCCCAGAGAGCCUGUCACCUUUGACCUUGACAUCCGAUUCCAACAGGUCAGUGAUCCAGUGGCAGCUGAGUUUAGCCUGAACACCCAAAUGUACCUACUCUCCAAGAAGAGUCUCUGGUUGUCUGAUGGCUCCAUGGGAUUUGGGCAUGAGAGUGAUGUUGCUUUUGCAGAAGGUGAUGUAAUUUAUGGUCGUGUCAUGGUAGAUCCUGUCCAGAAUCUAGGUAAUUCCUUUUACUGCAGCAUUGAGAAGGUGUUUCUUUGCACUGGAGCUGAUGGCUAUGUUCCCAAGUACAGUCCAGCAAAUGCAGAAUAUGGCUGCUUAGCUGAUUCUACUUCACUCUUAUAUAGAUUUAAAAUUGUGGACAAAGCUCAGCCAGAGACACAAGCCACCAGUUUUGGAAAUGUCCUAUUUAAUGCCAAACUGGCAGUGGAUGACCCUGAAGCUAUUCUCUUAGUGAAUCAGCCUGGAUCCGAUGGAUUUAAAGUCGACUCCACACCGCUCUUUCAGGUCGCUUUGGGCCGAGAAUGGUACAUACACACAAUCUACACAGUAAGAUCAAAAGACAGUGCCAAUGGAGGCAUUGGCAAAAGAAGUGUGGAGUACCAGUACCACUCUGUAGUGAGUCCAGGGAAGCCCCAGGCAACUGCCAAGAGCAGGAAGAAGAGGGAAAUCAAAAGCACACCCCCGCUGGUGUGGGAAAUCGGAGCUGAAAACAACCGGGGAACAAAUAUCCAGCACAUUUCCCUGGACCGCACCCACAAGAAGCAGAUCCCCAAAGGGAGAGUUCCUCCUGAUGGCAUCCUCCCCCGGGAGCUCAACAGUCCCAGCUCUGAGGUCAGCCUGGUCGUGGUCAUGGGAGGUGUUGCAGUGGGAUUACUCACUCUCGGCCUCAUCGCCAUUGCAGCAUUGAUGUGCAAGAGCAAGAAGAGUGCCAGGAGGAAGGAUGCCCCAAAAGGCUCAGGCAGUAGUGAGCCCAUGAUGCCACCGCAGAGCCACCACAGUGACAGCUCAGAGGUUUGAUGACCCCAGGUGGAAUUCAACUUUUUCCUCAAGUGCCUCAGACUUAAGACAAUAGAAACCCAGUGACAGAAAAUUGGGGACUUCUGUGAUGAAGCUGCUCGGAGGACCUGACUGUACUUUGAUUUGAAUUCUGUCUGCUCUUUCAUACACCCAAGGACAAAGUCAGAUCGCAGACCACAUCUUUCCUCUUGCCCAGAGGCAGCAGCAAUGUGUUCACAGGUACACAAAGCCACAGAUGGACGGAGAGGAAUGGACUUCUCGUUUUAGGCAUUUUCUCUACACAGCCGAGAUGAACCUUUUCAAAGGUGCUAACAGACUCUCUCAGAAGUUUCAGAGGAGUCUUCCGUUGCUAUGUUAGUAUGAACCUUGAAGGUGCAAUUAUCACAGUUUCUUUGUUGUAUAACAGUUUAUUACUAGAAAGGUUUUAAUUGGUAGUCUGCAAGAAUGAUAAACACUUUGUUUAUUAUAACAAAUUUUCUAAUAGGUGAAGACAGCAUAGAGUUAACGACCAGGGGUAGCUCAACCCACAGAUCACCUUUUCUACUACUUGGAAGGAAGUUGAAAGAAAGAUAGAGGGAAAGUAACUCACUAAUUUGGAUGGUAAUUGUUUCUCAUCCUCCUCAGACCCUCCUUGUUUAGUUUGCUUAUUUAAUUUUAAAUUAAACCAAAGAAUAUGUUAAGUCUGGAAGCGACUAUUGAAGAGAGACUGUUCAGUUUUGGUAUAAAGUGAAAAACAGUAGAGUUCUUGCAUGAUAAUAUACCUUACUGGUGCUCAAUAUUUGUGGGAAAUUAGAGGGUUGGUGACAUUUUGAUGACAAAGAAAUGCCAUAGAGUUAGAUUCGCAUUUCACAAGACAAUGUUCUCUAAGAACUGAGCCUAGAUGUUUGCAGUAUUGAACCCAUAAAUGAUAAUGAGAACAUCAUUAUGUGGAGGAAGAGAGUGAUAUUUAUUAAUAUAAUAUGUUUAACCAAAGUGCUUCUUAUACAUACUUUAUUGAAUAGAAGAACAUUUUAACAGAUGAUACAUGAGGUUAAACCCUCAGAGUAGCAUAGUCACACAACCAUGUCCAGAACUUCAAUUGGCUAUAGGACAUUAUCUUAGCUUUCUAAUCAGCAUCUGCACCAAACCAUGGAAAUCUCUGCAACUGUCAUUCCAAAGAUGGUCUUGGUGGUGGCCAGCAUCGUCUGUCAUACUCUUCUCAUAUCCAAGAGCAAAGCCUCAUUCUUUGGCAUCUCCAGUUGAGUGAACUGAUGCAUUGAGGUCUCUCUCAGUAUCUAAAAAUAUAAUUUGUAACACUGCUUACAGCGUUAAAAACCAAGGAACUUGAUUGAAUGAACUUGCCUGGCA